AUGGCGGAGGCGAAGCCGACGAUGGUGUUCGUCUACGGCACCCUGAAGCGCGGGUUCCCUAACCACCCACUCCUCGUCGCCUCCGCCACCCCGUUCGUCGGAGCCGCCUCGACGGCCGGCCCGGCCUCCCUCGUCAUCGGCCCCUACUCGGUCCCCUUCCUCCUCCCCACUCCCUCCUCCGCCUCCUCCGGUCGCGUUGUCUCCGGCGAGCUCUACGCCCCAUGCCCCGCCCCGCCGCUCUCGCCGAGCUCGACGCCCUCGAGGCAAGCGCCUGGCCUCCUCAUUGUUCCUUUGUCCACUGCUUUGGUCUCCUCCCCCACCCCCGCAUCUCAGCCUCCCAUUUUGUCGCAGGGCACCCACAUCGGUGUGUACGAGCGGCGCCCGAUCACCGUCGUGGCCGACGGGUCGGGCGAGGCGGUGCAGGCGGAGGCGUACUUCGCGCACCCGAGCUACGCGGAGGCGCUGCGGCGGUGA